AUGAGUGCCAACUUGAGGUCAUUACUGAAGAAGGAGCGUCAAUUGCGGGAUAGUGUGAAUCUAAUCAGAUUAUUCUUGGAAAACUACAGCUCAGAAAGAGAUAAUCGACAAAUCAGUGUGCGACUUCAGAAGCUGGAGGAAGUAGGAAAGGAUUUUCUAGAGACCCGAGCAAAAAUCGAGAUGCUGUUGGAGGAUGAGUCAACGAAGUGCGGUGAAGAAGAGACUGCAGAGGCUGAACGCGAGAAGGAGAACUUCAGAGUGUUACAGGAGUUUGACGAUGAGUUUUGCAACCUCAAGGCAGAACUGCUUGAGUUACAGAUGAGAAAACGGCAAACAUUUUCAAACGAUGAUGACUGUCCUCAAACAAGGCAAUCAGGUGGAUCCUUUUCCAAGGUCAAGCUUCCUGAAAUAAAUCUACCGGUGUUUAGUGGAAAGAUCCGUGAGUGGGUAACAUUCAGGGACACGUUUCGCAGUCUCAUACACAACAACACGCAGUUAACACCAAUGGAUCGAUUCACAUAUCUUCGUUCUUCAGUCUCUGGAGAUGCCCUUCAGAAAAUAAGCUCCAUUGAGCAGACAGCAGCUAACUAUGAAGUAGCAUGGGAGGCAUUGGAGAAAAUCUAUGAGAAUAAGAAACUUAUAGUCAAGGCGCAUUUGGAUUCUUUAUUCUCGUUGGAUGUAUUGAAACGGGAAAGCUAUGAGGGAUUAAACCAUCUCAUUAGCGAGUUCGAAAGAAAUAUACAGAUGCUAGAAAAAAUAGGUCAGAAAACCGCAGAAUGGAGCACCAUUUUGGCAUACAUGGUAGGCUCAAGACUGGACACAGUGACGUUACGUCACUGGGAAACACAUCAUAAUUCUAAGGAUGUCCCGUCAUACAACAAUAUACUUGAGUUUCUGCGUAAUCACUGUGCAGUAUUACAGGCUGUAGCGUCAUCAAAACCUAGUAAUCCAGAUUUCCGUCAACCGAAACUAUCAGUGUGUCACACCACGUAUGGAAAAGGUGUUCGAUGUCCAUUCUGUAACGAUUCUUGGCAUUCUGCUUUUAAAUGUGCUAAAUUCCAGAAAAUGAAAAUUUCUGAGCGAAUCGAAGCAGUAGCGAAAUACAAACUGUGCCGUAAUUGCCUUCACCCGGGACAUUUCUCAAGGACCUGCGAGAAAGGAUUGUGCCACCACUGCCAGCAGCGCCACCAUUCCAUGUUACACGUAGGACAGGUAAGAUCCCCAGUUCCCUCACCUCAAGUAAGACCCGCGACAAUAGACCAACAUUUUCGACAACCAAAAUUCACACGCUCGAAUCAGAUUCAACAAAAUCAACCGUCGACCAACAAUACACCUGUUACGUCUGUCACCUCGCAUAGCACACCCACACAACCCACUACAGGUCUGGUCACUGUAAGUCAAACCUACACCACUUUACCCGUUACACCCACACACAACAUUCUCUUAUCAACGGCGAUUGUUAAAGUGACAGAUUCUUGCGGAAAUUUCAAGUUAGCACGAGCACUACUGGACUCUGGAUCCCAGCAUUGCCUCAUGACUUCCACAUUUUUUGAAAGUUUGCGGUUCAAGAAAACUCCAUCCUAUCUAGUUGUCCAAGGUAUAGGAUCUAGUCGGUUCAUGUCAACUACAGCAGUCAGUGCGGAAGUAGCAGCCAGAACGAAAACCAUAUCGCUAUAUUCUACGAACAUGCACUUUUAUGUGCUGCCAAGGCUAACUGUGUCGCUGCCAACUUCUAGCUUCAAUCCAUCGAUCCUCAAACUUCCUGAGUCAACGCUAUUAGCUGAUCCGUUAUUUUAUGAAUCCAGUCCAAUUGAUAUCAUUAUCGGAGCAGAGUAUUAUUUUGAGCUGUUACGUGAGGGACAACAGAAGGCAACGUCAGAGGGACCUGCAAUGCAGAACACGUUAUUUGGAUGGGUUCUUGCUGGCAAAAUUCCUGAGAAUACGUGCGGUCCAUCAAUGUCGAUGGUCCAUGUUAGUGUUUCAAUGGACAUCCAAGAGCAACUGACUAAAUUCUGGGAAUUGGAAACGUGUAGAUCGAAAACCACUUACUCUCUCGAAGAGACAGCAUGUGAGGAGUUCUUUGAAAAAACGACAGUACGAGAUGAAACCGGGAGAUUCAUAGUGACGUUACCUAAGAAAAAAAUGUUGAUUAAUCAGCUCGGAAAUUCAAAAGAUGUUGCAGUCAAACGUUUUAUGGGACUGGAGAAAAGAUUCUCGAUGAAUGCAGAACUCAAGAAACUGUAUACAGAAUUCAUUCACGAAUAUUUAGCACUCGAACACAUGAAACCUAUCAGCGAGGAUGAAAAGGAAGAGACAGGCUUCUACCUUCCACAUCAUGCCGUUUUGAAACCGCAUAGUACCACAACAAAGUUACGUGUUGUUUUCGAUGCCUCCUGUAAAACUAGUACAGGAGUAUCGUUGAAUGAUGCACUAAUGGUCGGUCCAGUUGUCCAAGAGGAUUUGUUGGACAUCAUUCUGCGUUUUCGGGUCCAUAAAUGUGCUAUAGUCGCUGAUAUAGCGAAGAUGUAUCGCAUGAUAGGUAUCCACACGGAAGAUCAGCGACUACAGCGAAUACUGUGGAGAGAUUCACCGAUAGAACCAAUCCGUACGUUUGAAUUAGCUACAGUUACGUAUGGUACGGCUUCGGCUCCAUAUUUGGCAACGAAGUGCCUACAGAAAUUGGCAGAUGAUGAAGUAAAUAAAUAUCCAACAGCGGCAAGGGUGUUAAAGCAAGACUUCUACAUAGAUGAUUUGCUGACCGGAACGGACAACUUCGAAGAUGGCGUAAAAUUAGUGAAGGAACUGAUAGAAUUAUUGGAAUCAGGUGGAUUCUCUUUGCGCAAAUGGAAUUCUAAUUGCGAGGCGAUCCUGAAGAGCGUACCUCGUCAUCUACGUGACGAUCGAACCAUUUUAGAUUUGGAUUCAGCUCAUUCAUCAGUAAAAACGUUGGGCUUGAUUUGGGAGCCCCGAACAGAUACCUUCCGUUUCAGCACACCUGCAUGGACUUCAUCGACUAUCACGAAGCGAACGAUACUAGCUGAUAUCUCACGACUGUUUGACCCAUUGGGGGUAGUUGGUCCGGUCAUCAUCCAAGCGAAGAUAUUCCUUCAGGAACUGUGGAAACAAGAAUACGGCUGGGAUGACAAACUGAGCGUCGAUAUUGAACAAUAUUGGAUCGAAUUUAGAAGAAAUCUCGCAGCAAUCGACGGAAUAUCGGUGCCUCGUUGGGUUGGAAUCGGCAACCAUGCGAACGUAGUGCAGUUUCAUGGAUUCUGCGACGCUUCGGAGAAAGCGUAUGGAGCUUGUAUUUUUGUGCGAACAGUUUAUGGAGACGGACAAGUGAAUGUGCAGCUAUUAACGUCAAAAUCCAGGGUGGCUCCUCUAGAGAAUUUAAAAACAAAUAAAAGAAAACAGUCGACUCCACGUCUUGAACUAUCAUCGGCGUUAUUAUUGUCGCAUCUGUACGACAAAGUUAUAACCAGUCUUCGAAUCAAACCACAAUCCUACUUUUGGACGGAUUCUACGAUAGUGAGAUGCUGGCUUGCGUCGCCACCUUCAAGAUGGAAGGAAUUUGUUGCAAAUCGAGUCUCCGAAAUUCAGCAUCUUACAAGAGACGGGAUAUGGCAGCAUAUAGCAGGAGUAGAAAAUCCUGCCGACAUAAUCUCGAGAGGAAUGAUCCCGGCGCAACUCCAUUAUCAGACGCUGUGGUUCCGUGGUCCUUCCUGGCUAAUAUUCGAUGAAUCCCACUGGCCAAAGGGUGGUCAAAUCCACGAAGAAGAACUAGAUCAAACAAUUAUGGAGAAGAAAAGUGCUGUCAUUGCUAUUCUGCAAUCAACCCCGCCGAGCGAAAUAUUCAGCUUGAAAUCAGCGCUGCCGAAUUUAAUUCGUAUCGUAGCAAUCAUCUAUCGUUUCCGUUACAAUGCUCAAAAGGUUAAUCACGUCAGUCGUCGAACAGGAGCAAUUACGUAUUACGAAUAUGAAGAAGCUUUACACAAGGUAGUUCGGCUCUCACAACAGGAGAGUUUUCCGCAAGAAAUGGCAGACCUGUCAAAUGGUCGUCAGUUGCAACCUUCCUCCCGAAUCAUUUCACUGAAUCCAGUUUUAAUGAAUGGAUUAAUUUGUGUUGGCGGCCGGCUUAGUCAUGCAAACAUUACAAACAGCCGCAAGCAUCCGUACGUGAUAGAUCAUCGUCAUCCAUUGGCUGAGAUAAUACUUACACACUACCAUCGCAAGCUGUGUCAUGCGGGACAGCAAAUAUUAGUUUCGGCAGUAAGAGAGCGUUUCUGGCCCGUGAACGCACGGAAUCUAGCACGGAAGGUGAUUCACAAUUGUGUGGCAUGCUUUAGAGCAAAACCAAGAAUACACGAACAACUAAUGGCGGACCUUCCACCAGAAAGAGUGACCCCAUGCUCACCGUUCCAAAGAGUUGGGGUAGACUAUUGUGGCCCGUUUUAUGUGGCUUAUCCAAAUCGUCGAAGUCGUCCUGUGAAGAGCUUCGUAGCAGUGUAUGUAUGCCUGGUCGUGAAGGCAGUACACCUUGAGCUUGUGGCGGAUUUAACCACACAGGCUUUUCUGGCGUCUCUAAGAAGAUUUGUAUCGCGACGUGGAAGACCUAGUCUAAUAAUGUGCGAUAAUGCCACCAAUUUUGUGGGUGCGAAGCGGGAACUGCAAGAGCUCCGUAAAUUAUUCAAUGACCAGCAGUUCCAGGAAACAGUAAUGAAGGAUGCCGUAGAAAAGGAGAUAGAAUUCAAAUUCAUCCCAGCACGUUCCCCAAAUUUUGGUGGACUGUGGGAAUCAACUGUGAAAUCCUUCAAAACUUUAUUUAAACGCACGAUAGGAACACAUAUUUUGAAGUACGACGAAAUGGUGACGAUAUUAGCACAAAUUGAAGGAAUCCUCAAUUCGCGUCCGCUCACCCCUUUGAGCAAUGAUCCAGAUGAUUUUGAGGCCCUGACCCCUGGGCACUUCCUGAUACACAGACCUCUAACCGCAAUAUCAGAACCAGGAUUACAAGUUGAAGCAACAUUCAGAAACAACAGCAGUAUCACAGAUCGCAACAGAAACAGCAGUAACAGAAUCAACAACCGUAGUAGCAGCAAUACAGUCGCCAACAAAUCAGCUGAUUUGAAACAAAGGAACAGAGUUCAAGGUCAACGCAAUUCCAGGGACAAUAGCGAGAAAUACCAGAAGCAGUCACCACAGGAAUACAGCAACGCCAGACACAACAAUCCAGACAUAAUAGAACCAGACACAGCAAUCGUAGCAGUCUCACUUCACAGUCAAAACAAACCGAAUUACGCAGCCAGUAAAAACAAAAGCCACGAAAAUGAAUCGCUCGACUCUCCCUGCAGUGAUCUGUCAAACAACGAGCUGGCGAGAUUGAUAUCACAACAAGGAAAAAACACACAAGAGCAAAGAAACAACCUAGGUCAUGAGCUACGAGAACAACUGAAUAAGGGAUUGGAUGAUAUACGGCGUGAUCUGUGUGAAGUCAACAACAAACUCACACUAGUGAAGCACGACGUACAUGACAACAAAGAGGCAAUUGCUAGAUCACUUCUUUCCAACGACUUGAUCAUUAGUGGAGUUCCAUAUAUGAGGAAUGAAAACCUGUCCACGUACUAUCAGCUGUGGUGUAAAGCCCUUGGCUACACCGAAUCUGCAGUACCUCUGGUGGAUUUGCGUCGUCUGUCUAGAUCUGUACUACGAGAAGGAUCCAAUUGCUUUAUCCUUGUGCAGUUUGCUAUCCCGAACCAGCGGAAUGAGUUCUUCGGCAAAUAUUUGCGCUCCAGAUCGCUGACGUUAGCGCAAAUUGGAUUUCAGUCGGAUAAAAGGAUUUAUGUAAACGAGAAUCUGAUACCAUCGGUGAGGAAAAUCAAGUCUGAAGCCAUCGAAUUGAAGAAAGAAGGGAAACUUUCAAAUGUUUACUGUCGAGGAGGAAUCGUCUACAUCAAGCUUCCAAAUUCGAAUCAGGAUCGGAUCGUCAAGUCUGGGGAGGAUUUGCUGCGCAUCGUUCAACAGAGUUAA